AUGGAUAAAAGUAUGUUUUUAAAAAUUUACUUUCCCAAUGGAUCUUUUCAUGGUCUUCGUUACACAUCAUCGACCACUAUUGCUGAAUUAAUUCGAAUAGUACUCAAAGGUCGUCUUUCUCCAAAUGAAUUGAUAUAUCAUUCAUCAUUUGCUCUACGAGUUACGUUUAUUGGAAAGGAUCUACAAAUAAGCAAUGUAAGAGCGUCGUCGUCAUCAGAUAAAACCAAUGUGAGUGAGAAAUGGCUACAUCCGAAUAUGACAAUGGAUAAAGUACAACGAAUACAUGGACCUAUCGAAGAAUUGAAACUUGAACUUCGUCUUCGAUAUUUUCCACAAUCAAUCGAUGCUCUAUCACAUGAUAAACCAACGUUUGGUUAUUUAUACGAACAACUUCGUAUCGAUUAUAUGCGUUUAAAAUCAGAACACGUGUCAAUGAAUGAAGCGAUUGAAUUAGGUUCACUUGAAAUUCGUAAACUUUUCAAAGAUCUCAAUCCAACAGCCUUAGAUAAGAAAGUCAAUGUCGAUUAUUUGGAAAAAGAACUCGGUUUAAAACGUUUCUUUCCACAAUCAAUUAUUGAUGCGCACAAACCUAGAGUUCUUCGAAAAUGUAUCAAAGCAUGUUUGAAAAAAUACGAAGGCUUAGCUGAAGAAGAAUGUGUCAAACGUUUUUGUUUCUUACUUAAAGAUGUUUGGAAUUGGGAACAAGAAGUUUACACAUCUAAUUUAGGUGCUGAAUGGGCAGUUCCAGUAACUCUUGCUCUUGGACCGUCAGAUGGAAUCAGUUAUCGAACUCAGAAUUUUACUAAAUUAACGAAAAUGGUUUCGUUUGAAGAUGUUCUUUCAAUUGUGACAAUGAAAACGAAUUCAGAUGAACGUGGUUUACUCAAAUUAACUAUUGCUGGUUCAUCCGAAAUUUUAACACUUAGCUUUACUUCGCUUUUCGAUGCGAAUGAGGUGGCCAUUCUUAUUGAUGGAUACUGUAUGCUAGUUAAUCGUAGUGCACAUUCACUUUGGCGAUCAAUGGCUGAUGAUCAACAAAUAGGAACUUUGCGAGGAUCGUCUGCAUGCGCAUCUGUUGUUCCUAUUCAUCAUUCAUCGGAAAUUCUUUCUUCUCAAACCGAUACUGAUAAUGAUGAUAUUAAUGGAGAUUACGCGGAUGUUCUAUCAUCGGAUUAUCAAAUCGAUCGUAAACAAAUACAUAUGAUCGAAUCGUUGGGUAAUGGGCAGUUUGGUGAAGUGUACCGAGGAAUAUUAAAAACGGAUCAACAAAUCGAAAUCAAUAUAGCGAUAAAAACAUGUAAAAUGCAAGAUUCCGCAACAACGGAAGCCUUUUUAGAAGAAGCAUAUGUGAUGCAAAAAUUUGAACACCCACAUAUUAUUAAACUCAUCGGUGUAUGCGCCGAACAGCCUGUUCUAUUAAUCAUGGAAUUAGCUAGAUUGGGCGAGCUUCGCGCUUAUUUGGUAGCAAAUCGAGCAGAUUUUGAUGUGAUUACAUUGGUGCUCUAUUGUCAACAAUUAUCAUCUGCACUGGCGUAUCUCGAAUCAAAGAAAUUUGUUCACAGGGAUAUUGCAGCACGAAAUGUUCUUGUAUCAAAUCACGAAUCAGUUAAAUUGGCUGAUUUUGGUCUAUCGCGUCAAUUAACACUCGAUAAUUCAUAUUAUAAAGCUUCAAAAGGCAAACUUCCAAUAAAAUGGAUGGCACCCGAAUCGAUCAAUUUCCGUCGUUUCACACAUCUAUCUGAUGUCUGGAUGUUUGCUGUUUGCAUAUGGGAAAUUCUAAGCAUGGGUAAGAAACCAUUUCAAGGCAUAGCGAAUACGGAUGUGAUUGAUCAAAUUGAAAAUGGUGUUCGAUUACCUUUACCCGGUACUUACUGUCCGAAACGUUUAUUCGAUUUAUUACAAGACUGUUGGGCAUAUGAACCAACUAAUCGUCCGACAUUUCUGCAAAUCGAAUCACGUUUAAAAUCAAUUUUCACUGAAGAACAAACAAAUAGUAACUCAUACAUACAUUUUAAAGAUCGAUCAAACAACAAUGAACAAACACCAGUAACAACAAAAUCCAAUAUUGCUGCUGCAACGUCAGCAUUUGUUGUAUUGCCAACAGCAGACGAUCAUGUACCACCAAAACCUGCUUUACCACACAAAAACGGGCUUCCAGGCCAUCGCUUACCCAUCGGAAGUAAUAAAAUAACGACCAGCCGAAGUGAAUCUAGUCACAAUGUUCAAUUUCGUACACCUGCUGAUAAUAAAAUUUUAUUCAAUGAUUACAAAGAAUCUCAAGAAAUCAGAUCACCACGAACGAGAGAAAAAAUCUCCAAUUCCUCAUCACUUUUAAUAGAUUUAUUUCAUUCACAAACCAAACAAAUCGUGAGUGCUGUUCUCACAUUAACCCGUCAGCAUGAAGUUAAUAAUUACAAUAAUCGAAUCCUAUCAAAAACGAAUCGUCCUUUAUCGCCAAUCAAUGAUAAGGAACAAAUGCAAUUAGUUCGUAAUAUUGCUAUCGCUGUUCGCGAUCUUUUGCAGACACUUGAUUAUGCACCAACGGCAAUCAAAGAAAUGUCCGAACAACGUUACAAUCAUUUUUCGUCGUUGGUUGUUGCAUUGAUUGAAACAGUUCGUCAACGAAAUUAUGAGAAAAUGAAUGAACAUGCGGUCAAUAUUGCUCGAACAGCGAAAGCAUUGUUUGAUGAUAUUCUGAAAUUAAGUUAA